AUGGGAUCACUGGACUACUACGAGAUCCUGAAUGUGGACCGGAGCGCGACCGACGAUGAUCUCCGCAGGGCCUACCGCCGGCUGGCGAUGCGGUGGCACCCCGACAAGAACCCCGAAGGGAAGAGCGACGCCGAGGCCAAGUUCAAGGACAUCACCGAAGCCUACAACGUUCUCAGCGACGCCACCAAGAGGGCGGUGUAUGACCAGUACGGGGAGGAGGGGCUCAAGGACCCACCGCCGCAGCCAGGCGGUAGCGUCGACGACAUCUUUGCCGAGUUCUUUGGAAGCACGCCGUUCACGUACAGCAACAACACGCGCGCCAAGCAACAGCAGCAGCAAACGGCGUGGGACGGCGGUUUCGGCCGGCCUUACGACCAGGGCGUCGGCGCGGGUGCGGCGGCCAUGGCGGCGCCGCCGCCGGUGGAGAGCAAGCUGGCGUGCACCCUGGAGGAGCUCUACACGGGCGUCACCAAGAAGAUGAAGAUCUCCAGGAAUGUCGUCGACGCCAGCGGGAGGAUGAAGACGGAGUCUGAGAUUCUGUCGAUCGAGGUGAAGCCGGGGUGGAAGAAAGGCACCAAGAUCACGUUCCCGGGCAAGGGCAACCAGCAGUGGAACCAGCUCCCCGCCGACCUGGUGUUCGUCGUCGACGAGAGGCCACACGACGUGUACCGCCGUGACGGGAACGACCUGCUGGCUGAGGCCAGGGUUACCCUCGCGGAGGCGCUGGGCGGCACGGUGGUCGUGCUGGCCGCCCUCGACGGCCGCGAGCUGGCGGUGGACGUGGGCGGCGGCGAGGAGGACGGCCCCGUGGUGUGCCCGGGGUACGAGCUGGUGGUGCCGAUGGAGGGCAUGCCCAUCGCCCGUGAGCCCGGACGCCACGGGAGCCUCAGGAUCACGUUCGACGUCGCGUUCCCGGACCGGCUAACGCGCCCCGCGCGAGCGCAGAUCAAGCGCAUCCUGGAACUGGAAGCCGCCGGCGGCUAG